GUGGAACCACCGGAGCCCCACGCACACGGAUGACACCAAAAUCUUAUCCAAAACCAGUGGCAAGCCCAGGGUGCGCGCCAUCAAGUGCUGGUGCGCCCGCCGCGCUCGCCCCGAGAGGACCCUAUGGCGACGCAGCUCUCCGCCACCUUCGCCCCUGCCGCGACCACCACCGCCACGCCCCUCCCGGCGCCGCAGCAGCGGCUCCGGCACGGCCGCCGCUGCUACCACGCGCUGUCGCUGCGCCCUCCCCGCGCGGCGUCCGGCGAUGACGGCGCCGGCGGCGAGGUGGAGCCCGCUGCCCCGGCGGCGCCCGCCAAGACGGCCACCGCCACGGACGACGGCGGCGACGACUUCGAGGAGCGCGUCCUGCGCAUCAAGUCCCGCGUCGGGCCCAAGAAGCGAGGCAGCGCCGCGGCGCGGAAGAGGAAGGGCGGCGCCGGGGCGUCGUCCAAGUCCAAGGCUGCCGUGACGCUCCCGCCCGUGCCGCUGCGGGAGGCCCGGUCUUCCGUGGGCGUGCCCGUUGAGUUCGGGUUCAGCGCGUACAGCGAGAGGCUCAACGGCGCGCUCGCGGCGGUCGGCCUGGCGGCGCUGCUGCUCGUGGAGCUCGGCUCCGGGAAGGCGCUCGUCAAGUACCACCAGCCGGCCACGCUGUUCCUCCAGGUGUACACCGUCGCCGCGGCGGGCGCCGUGUUCGUCAAGUACGAGAAGGAGCGGAUCAGCGUGUGGCCCGGGCCGCCGGCGACCAAGCCGCCGGCUACCGGUGAAUGAUUGGCACAUGGGGGUUUCUAUUUGACUUUUUUGUAGGAUAUGCUUCUUUUUUUGUAAUUUACCCAUAUACCUCGUUGAGUUACUGUACUUUAUCGACAAAUUGUGUUGUGAAAUAUUGAAAUUCGGUUAACCAUGUGAGUAAAAGGAACGGGUUUGCGAAA